AUGUACCAACUAGCAGUUGCACUGCUACUCUUGGCCGCCGGCCUGCAAUUGGCGCAGUCACAACUGCCACCCAACGCAGCACUGCCAUCCCAAAAGGGUUUGGUACGUUUACUAUUCACCUCGCGAAUUACGGCGCUGAAUCCACAGGUGUCAGUCGCCUGUUUCACCGAUUACAUAGCGUAUUCGAGUGCCAUCGGCGAGGCCUACGGUCGAAAAUACAAAAGUUGCCUGCUCGAAGCGAGCGAGGAACGCAAACAAAUUGAUAGCGAUUCAGUGUUGGAGCGUCGUGAAAUUGUCGAGGCUUCAGAGGCGGUCUGUAGCAGUCUACGUACGUGUAACGACUUGAACAACACAUUGGAGCUGUUCAAUUGUCAUACGAAAAUUGGCACAGACAAUACCAAAUCCACAUACAGCAUUUCAGGCAAUGCCUCGCAAUAUGCCACCGUAUUGCAAGAACGUUAUCGCCUAAUCGAUUUGCAUCAUGAACAAUGUUGUAACGCUGCCGAACGACGAUAUGUAACCGAUACGGCUAACAACUACAACUAUCUGCAAAGUUGUCUGGAGGGCACGGUCAAACCACGCCCUCCUCCUACAGUCGCGCCAGCAAUAAGUACAACAGCAAGUAGUAGCACCAGUUCCACAUCCACCACGACAACUACAAGUACUACAACAACGACCACCGAAGCGCCACCAUUGCCACCGUUCGAUACAACGCCAUCAGCACAACCGCCACCACCACCGUUGUUGGGCGAUGAAGUAACCACUACCGAGCAAAAUCAAGGGAUUCAAGCACAAGUUGACAAGAUUUUAAACUUGUUAAAUUAACCUCCGGUAGAAUUAAACGAUUCUUCGGGGGUUAAGUAUGAAAUAGAAGCAAUGGACAAAUACAUAGGGGAGAACGUCCGUAGUUUACAAAGCUUUAGAGGUUGAAAU